AGUGCAUUUGACAUUUUCAUUAGCGCAAUUUUCGUUUUCCGUCUUCAUUUUCAUUCAUUUCCUUUUCGCCUGAAAAGUGAAAACUGUAUUCAGUGGUCUAUUAUUAAAAAUCAUACUGGGCUUCAAGUUAAUUUAAGUUUCAACUUUUAAUUUACAUGUUGGCAUAUUAUCAAUUGUAAGCGUACAAAAUAACUUGGUGUUAGAACUCUGAAUAUUGUCUUCUAAAAUGAGCUACAGGGAUUCCUACUCCCUCUAUCCGAGAUCUCAUUCAUACAGUGCAGCUAAUGAGCAACGUGUAGGCUCCCACUUAAGGACUUUGAUGAGUUAUGGGUCCUCGCCGUCGUCGGUGCUGAGCUCCCUGUCGUCUUUGCGAUCAAGACCCUACACCGGCGUGAGCAGUCUGGGCGGCUUGAGCAGUGGCGUUACCUACAGCCCUACUCCUGACGUGAACGAGGUUUAUCCUGGACUUUUUGUUGGAGAUGCGGUCGCAGCAAAAGAUAAGGCAUUCCUACGUCGGAUGGGCAUCAACUAUGUCCUCAACACAGCGGAGGGGAAACGCUACACGCAGGUUGACACUGACCACAUGUACUACAGAGACUGUCCCGGACUGCAUUACAAAGGCUUCCAGUUGAUGGAUCUGCCGACAACCGACAUAUCCAAAUACUUCCACAUCGCUGCCAACUUUAUUGAUGAGGGAAUCUCCAGAGGAAGUCGCGUGCUCGUGCACUGUAUGAUGGGGGUAUCUCGGUCAGCGACUUGCGCGAUCGCGUUUUUGAUGAUCAAGCGCGGGAUGAGCUUGACCGAGGCCCUCGCUCUAGUCCGCUCCCGGCGGGACAUCCACCCUAACGACGGCUUCAUCCGCCAACUGCAGGACCUGGACAGGGAGCUUCGCCUCUCCCGGGUGCGCUGACAUCGAACCCCCCUCCCUUCCGUUUACAGUUUGUCCUUCGAAAUCGGCAACCCACGGCUGCGCGUACGGAGUCUCGAUCGAGCUUACACUAGUCGCUAUUGAUAGUUAACGUCUGGGAAAAGCGAGGCAGUUACGUUUAUCACAUUGAGAUAAUCGCUAUUGUUGUAAUUUGCUGAAUUUGUGGUAUUUUUACUGCAACUGUAGAGAACUUCAGCCAAUCAGGUAGCGGGAAGUGGGUUUGGAUAGAAAGGCGCGCUCUCGGAAGGCCUAUGUCCAGCGGUGGACGCAAACAGGCUGAUUGAUUGAUUGAGAGAUGAUUGUGUUAUAGCUAUCAAACUUUGGUGCUAGGCAUGUCGAUUGGAUGAUACUAGUUUUGUGAAGAGUAACACAAAUUCAGCCAGUAACAACAAUUGGAAUCAUCUCAUUGUGAUUAUCGCAACUGUAGUGCUAGGCCUGUUAAAAUGUAUUGACACAGACUAAAGCAAAAAUAUAGACAGCGUACAGGCCCCCAAUAAAUAAAAACCCUUUUUGCCCUAUGCACAUUUUCUUAGAGACUAAUGUAAACCUCCAGACAAUUUGAGCCUUCUGCAAUGGUUAACAUUGACGGAAAAUGAUUUUUGUCCCCUCGAUUGAUCUACAAAAUGCUUGCAAAAAGUGCAACUUUAUCGGCGCGACGUGACAUACAAACAAUUUCCUUUAUUGUUAUUUUUAUUGAUACCUCUGUGAGGACUUUGUCCGUCUAAAUUUUUUCCUUUAGUCUGUGUCCUUCUUUACAACGAUUUCCAGUUUACAAACUAAUGGAAUAUUACAACAUUUUAUAACUAUUGUCUCCAACAUGUAAAAAUAAUAUUGGUAGUUCUUCCGGGCAUGUGAGGUAAGAUUUGUAUAUUUAAAAAAAUUAAGUCAAGAAUUAUUAUACAGCGUGUCAUAAUGAGUUAAGUUUAUUUUCACCGAAAUCAAACAAAAUUUUCCCAAAGAGACACCCUGUAUAAUUAUUUUUAAUACAAUAUAUUCUCGUGUGCCAUUUUUUUUUAAUUUAAAAUGAAAAGCUAUUAUUUUUGUAUAUCAUUUUUAGAUUCUAAGCUAUCCAAUACUUGAGACAUUAUGUACCUUAAGCUGGCUACACAUGUACAAGCAUGCUUGAGCACAAAAUUAUUCAUAAAUACAAACGCUCAAGCAAGUUUGAACAGUAAUUAUCCAUGCAUGCUUGUCGAGUCUGCAUUUAGGUGAACCACCUUAACCCCACGUUUACACCAAAGUCUAAAACAUGUUCUGCAUGUAACUGCAUUAUUGUCAUUUUUUCCAGAUACUAAAAACAACUUGUUGUUGUACACAAAACUUGUAAAUUACUUGUAGUAGGUACUUGCCCCUACUAGGUUUCUGUUAACUUUGCCGUUAAUCAAAGAGAGAGAGAGAGAUUUAAUAAUAUGUCUGAAACAAUAACAAUACAAGUUUAUCAUUUGACAUCUGGCAAGUUUUGUUGAUUACUCGUAUCACAACUUGUUCGUUAGUGUAAACGUGGCGUUACUGUGAACAGCAUGUACGACAGUUUGACUAUAGUACAACUCUUUAGCCUUAACGUUGAAAGAAACUUCGCUAAAUACUAAAAUAUGUUUCAGGUAAGAGAGGCAUUGUUGCAAACAUAAUGCUGGGAUCAGACGCGUGGAAUAAUAUGAUGUAAUGUAAAGUGACAUGUAAUGUUACCACUGCACAUAAGCUCAAUGUUAGGUGAUGUUAUCUAACAUUUUUAACUGCUGUGUGGAAGCACCUUUACAUUACAGUACACUUGUCUGGAUUCAGUCUAAAAGAUGGGUGUAAAUUAGAUCAUACUAUAUUUUUAGUGAACUUAUAGAAUAUAUUAAUAUAUUAAUGUCAUUCACAAAUCUCACAAUAUAAUGGGUUGACACAUACUGUGCAUCUCAUCUAAGAAAGGCACAGCCUUUUCUUUAUAUUACAUGUAACAUUAAAAUGUAAUGAAUAAGAGAAUGUAUUGUUUCAGUACAUUAGUAGAUGUAAAGGUACCUAAUAAUCAAUAUUUUAUAACAUAUUCUCUAGUAUAACUAUUGAUUUACAACAACAAACAUUGUGCUGAAGGUUGCUGUAUAACAAGUGUAGUUUCAAAGAAGUUUAACUUUUCAAAGACUGGCACCAGGGUAUGUUACUUUUGCUAAAAUAGUCAUUGAUAAAGCCCACUCUAAGUCAAAACUCAAUGGGUUAUCAACCCAUUGGGUUUUGACUAAUUUGAUGAAUUGUUUUGAGUUGAGGCUAAAAUUCUAAAUUGCCUAUUUAUUUAUGGCAAACAUUAUUUUUUGGAACUGGUUAUAAUAUUAUGUAUCUAUAAAAAAAAUGAUUCAUAUUUUUUUAUACUCCGAAAAUUUAUGAGUGCAGUACAGAAUUGUAAGAUGAAGCUUUACUAUAUAAAUUAUUUAUUAAUUUCGAUGUACCUCUAUUUGAAGUUAUGACUGCCGAAGGUGGUCACUAAAUCCAUGUUUUAUUGAAUGUUUCAACUUAGAGGACUGCCAGUGUAAUAUUUUAAAUAUAUACCAUCUAACUAUGGUAUUUGUGAUGUAUAUAAAUAUUUAGAUGUGUCAGCAUGUUACUUUCCAUACUGUAUGUAAUAUUUAAAUCUUAGAGUGGGACAAUAUAUUUUUAAUGAUGAAAGAAAUAUAAUUUUAUUGAAAGAGAUAUUAAUUAGUUAAGUGCUAUAAAAUAAGAUGCAUAAUAGUUUCAAAACUAGUCUAAAAUCGUCAGCAAAAAGCUUUAACUGAUAAUGUAAUGGUAGAAACACAAUCCCAACACAAGACUGAUAUAUGGUGUCCAGUGUUCAGAAAAACACUUGUAUUUUCAGAAUAAAUUAUCAGAUCAGAAACAUCAGAUACCAGUUUCCAGCACCAUUGCUUCAUGAUAUUGCGUUGUAUCUAUCACUCUAGUAGUAUUUGUAGUAGUUUCUCUUUCUUGUAAUAAGUACCAAAGACCGCAAGUUGUUUUUUAUUUAUUUAUAGACUAGCGAUUGGCUGCAAUCAGACCUCCUGGCAAAUGUUCAGUAUUCACUCUUGACUUAAAGAUAUUGAUUUUUCUAAGAUUCAGUGUCAAGUGUUGUGUUGCAGAUUUGUUUCUACCAUAAAGGAGAGGUGGGGGCUUUUUUGCGAGACCUAAACAAGUACCAAAGGUGGAAAACGUUGUGAUAUUGAAUGGAAGUGUUGUAUCUCAUAAAUUAUUUGUUCAUUUAUUUUUUGAAAUAUAUUUUAUUGAAAACAAAGAUUCUCUCUAUAAUAGUUGUCAUAGCUCUUAGCUUAUUAAAAGACAUACUAAUUGAGCAACUAUACUUAUAUAGGUCAGAUACGUAAAUAAAUUAAGAUAACAGUGCCUAUUUAUUGAGAGGGUGUAGGGAAAUCCAAUGUAGUGUUAUUAUUUUCACAGUUGCCUCGAGGAAAGGAUGGCUGUACUUCUCGCCUCCUCUGUACUAGCAUUUUUGAACUGUGGGACUCUUUGAGAAUGCUAUAAUAUAUGUAUAGUAAUAUAAUAUAGUGCUAGAGAUCCUGACUGAAAUUCUAUUAGGCACAAGUGAAAGUGCACACAAUAAUUUUCAAAGCACUCUUCUGUGCUUAACAACUCUAGGGAUGUAUGGCACAUUCUGGUUUAAUAACUUUGGCCCAUGUAAGCAUAGUUGCUAGGUCAGUAUGCAAUUUAUGAAGUUGUUGAUAUGUUGCCUUAUAUAGGAAAGCUAGAAUUUAAUGUAACACUGAAAUAUUAUUUAUUUGUCUUUUUUAACUGUGAUUAAUAUUUUAUUGUAAAUAAUCUAUUAAAAUUUAAAUGAGCCCUGUUAUUAUGUAAUAAAAGAAAUCUUAAAUUAUAAUAUCAUAAAACAAAUAAAUUAUUGUUAUACUAUUUUAGCAUUAGGUUCAUCAAUCAUAGUUUGGUAAUGAGAAAAUGUAAAAUGAUUAUGUAUUAAAAUUAUUUAAUGAAAUAGAGUAAUUAUAUUGAA